CGAACAACCCAGUGCGUCUGCGGUACCGAUCGGAGCGAGCAGAGUUUGAUUUGUAGUGCGUUUAAGUGUUUUUUUUUGUUUCUGGUUAGGCCAUGCGCAGCCAUAUCGUUGUAAUUAUAGCCGCGUUGGCGCGUUACGUCGCGUGUCACGUGGCCAGAGACGCGCGGGACGUCCUAAUCGGGUCCCGCGCGCGCAGUCCGUGCGUCGCCUACGUCAGCUGUCCGGCCCACGUCACCGCAAACGAGCCGGAAACCUGCACGAUCAACGGCCGGUUCAAGGGGGUGCGCUGCGCGACCGGUCAAAAUCACACGGGGCCCGUCGCGACCAAAGAUCGCGGCCACCAUCACCUGCGUCUGGACAAACAGACGCUGGGGGCGCUGAACAAGAAGACCAAGGCGGAAAUGUCGAAACUAAGAUCGCGGGAGGCGGAGCUCAUGCGCGAGGCGGCCAUUUUGCUUCCCGGGCCCGCCACCUACGGCCAUUUCAGGAACUCGCGCACGUUCGACGCGUCAGAUUUAUCGGAAGUCGUCACCAUAGCCAACAACGCGUUGGAGAUCGCGAUCGCUACCAGGGCCUUCAAGGACAGGCAGGGAUUGACGAACCGCCAGCUGGAAAUGGGACUGACCCACGGCGAAGAUUUGCGGCCCACGUCUUUCGGACACGCCUGCGUGACGUUGCCCUAUUGCCCCCUGGUACCGGACAAGUACCGCAGGAUCGACGGCGCAUGCAACAACGUCCUGCAUUCCACCUGGGGAGCCCCUUUCACGCCUUACUCCAGGCUGCUGCCCCCUAGCUACGAAGACGGUGUCUGGUCCCCGAGGGUAUCGCGAGCCGACGGAUCCGCCUUGCCUAGCCCCAGAUCCAUCAGCACCACGAUUAUAUCCGACGUCGACUCUUACAAUCACGAUUUCACGCUGCUGCUGAUGCAGUUCGGUCAGUUCAUGUCCCACGACCUCACCCAAUCGAUAGACACCAAGUACGGCAACGGCAGCGCCAUCUCGUGUUGCUCGGCGGACGGCACGUCCAGCUUACCUGCCGGCUCCUCCCACUACGCUUGCAUGCCCGUCGAUUUGCCAGAACGCGACCCUUUCUACGGACGUUUCGGUCAGCGUUGCAUGAACUUUGUCAGGUCCGUUUUGGCACCCCGUUACGAUUGCACCCUCGGCUACGCUAACCAGAUGAACAAGCUGACGCAUUUCGUAGACGCUUCGUCUGUCUACGGUUCUACGCCGGAACAGACGAGCCAACUGAGAAGUUUCCGCGGUGGAAAGCUGAACGCUUUCCACGACUACGGCAGGCAAUUGCUGCCCCUGUCCAGGGACCCCAACGCCUGUCUCACCAUGGAACAAGGUUCGGCCUGUUUCGAGUCCGGUGACACCCGCACCAACCAAAUGAUCAGCCUCGUGGUGCUGCACACGUUGUUCCUGAGGGAGCACAAUCGGAUAGCCGAAACGUUGGGUUCGCUGAAUCCGCACUGGGAGGACGAACAGAUCUUCUUGGAGGCCCGCCAGAUCGUCAUGGCAGAGAUGCAGGUGAUCGUUUACGGGGAGUUUUUGCCCGCCGUUUUGGGCGACGACGCCCUCGAAGAGUUCGGCAUACGUUUGUCGGACGACGGCGAAUAUUCGUACGACUACGACGUCGCCGUUGAGCCGUCGGUGACGAACGAGUUCGCCGCGGCGGCCCUGCGUUUCGGACACUCCAUCGUCGACGGUACCAUGAAGGUGUACGGACCGAAGAAGCUGGAGGAGGUCAUUGCGAUACCGGAGGUGAUGUUCUAUCCUGCGCGGAUGCGGCAACAGCGCUUCAUGGACGAAAUCCUCAGCACGCUCACCACCGAGCCCAUCCAAGAGGUGGACACUUUCAUGCCGGACGCGUUGACGAAAUACAUGUUCCGGGCGGGGAAUCCUUUCGGCGUCGAUCUCGCCUCGAUCAACGUGCAGAGAGGUCGCGACCACGGCCUCAGACCUUACAACGAUUACAGGGAACUCGUCGGCCUCGAACGCUUCAAGGAUUUCGCCUCGUUCGGCUCUGAGAUGGGCGGGAAACUGGCCAGCGUGUACAAAUCGGUCGAUGACGUGGACUUAUGGGUGGGGGGUUUGCUGGAACCUAAAUACCCCGGCAGUCUCGUGGGGCCCACCUUCAGGGCGAUCAUCGGCGAUCAAUUCAUGAGACUGAAGAGGGGCGAUCGGUACUUUUUCGAGAACCAUCCGAGCAUCAACCCCGGCCAUUUUGAACCAGAACAACUGCGAGAGCUGAGACGGGCGUCCAUGUCGAGGAUCAUCUGCGACAACAGCGACAAGAUAUUGCUUUCCAGGCAGGCGCCCCACGCCUUUAGGAAACCGGAUGUGCCGGGGAACGAAUUCGUCGACUGCGCAGGCGCAACAAUACCUUCACUCGAUCUCACACCGUGGCAGGAAUGAAACGUUUAUCGGUUAUCGUUUUCUCUUUUUAUUUGUUGUCCUUACGUUGUCCGUUUUAGGAAUUAAAUGUCAU